CGCCCCCCACCCCCCUCCCAGCGGCUGGGCCGGGGGGGCCCUCCCCACGGCGAGGCGGCUGGGUCUGGAGCCCCCCCGAGUCAGAAGAGUGUUGUAAAGAUGGAUAUAGAGGACUGCAAUGGACGCUCUUACAUAUCCGGUAGUGGAGAUUCCUCUUUGGAAAAGGAGUUCACCUCCACGAUUGUGGGCCCUACUGUGAGCACACCAAACAGCCAACAUUCCUCCCCAAGCCGCUCCCUUAGUGCAAAUUCUAUCAAGGUGGAAAUGUACAGUGAUGAAGAAUCAAGCCGGCUGCUGUCGCAUGACGACCGGCUCAUUGAAAAAGAGGACAGCGUGAUUGUGGAGGAUUCUCUCUCUGAGCCACUCGGCUACUGUGACGGGACAGGGCAGGAGCCACACUCCCCUGGCGGCAUCCGGCUACCCAAUGGCAAGCUGAAAUGUGAUAUCUGUGGGAUGGUGUGCAUUGGCCCGAACGUACUGAUGGUGCACAAGCGCAGCCACACCGGUGAGAGGCCGUUCCAUUGCAAUCAGUGCGGUGCCUCCUUCACCCAAAAGGGCAACCUCCUGCGCCACAUCAAGCUGCACUCGGGCGAGAAGCCUUUCAAAUGUCCCUUCUGUAACUAUGCCUGUCGGAGGAGAGACGCACUCACGGGGCACCUCCGAACACACUCAGUCUCCUCCCCCACCGUCGGAAAGCCCUACAAAUGUAAUUAUUGCGGCCGCAGCUACAAGCAGCAAAGCACGUUGGAAGAGCACAAGGAACGCUGCCACAACUACCUGCAGAGUCUUAACACUGAACCACAGUCGCUGGCUGGCCAGCAAGGUGACGAGAUGCGAGACUUGGAGAUGGUGCCGGACUCCAUGCUUCACUCCUCAGCCGACCGGCCAACCUUCAUUGACCGACUGGCAAACAGCAUCACCAAACGAAAACGCUCCACACCUCAGAAAUUUGUGGGUAAGGAGCUUCCCCUGGAUUCCUGGAAGUGGACUAAAGGAGAGAAGCAGAUGCGGUUUGGCCUCUCCGACAUGGCAUUUGACGUCAGCUCCGGCUUCGAGAAGGACGUGGAGAUGGUGGCGGCCCACCAUCCCAUGGACACAAGCUUUGGCGGAUCCCUGUCCUUCAUGGGAGCAGAACACUUGCGCCCUCUCAGAAUCCCGCCGACCAACUGCAUCUCCGAGAUCACCCCCGUCAUCAGUUCCGUCUACACGCAGAUUCAGCCCCUCCCGGGGAGGCUGGAAAUAGCAGGGAGCCGGGAAGCUGCGGAAGGCCACGAGGACCUUCCCGACGGGACGCAGAUUGUGUACCGGGCAUCUCGCGAGCCCAGCAUGGUGUCUCCUAGCAACGGCUGCCAGGAUUCCACAGACACUGAGAGCAUCCACGAGGAGAGGGGCUCACAGCAGCCGCUGCUGUCCGUCAUUGGGAACUGCACCAGCAGCCGGCAGAGUCCGGCCUACGCCAAAGAGGACCCGAAAGUACAAGAGGGCAUCAUUCCCACCACUACUCGGUCAACUCCCAGCUCAGCCAAAGAAGCCCUGCGUGUGGUGAAUGAUGAAGGGGAACAGAUAAAAGCCUUCAAAUGUGAGCACUGCCGAAUCUUGUUCUUGGACCACGUCAUGUUCACCAUCCACAUGGGCUGCCACGGCUUCAGAGACCCUUUCGAAUGCAACAUCUGCGGCUAUCACAGCCAAGACCGGACACUGAAAAAGGAACAGAGGUUCCCAAGAUGCCUAAUAUGAGUGAGGCACACGGUUUACAACUGCCACGCGUGAGUACAAACUCAAAUGUUUUAAAAUGGGUCAGAGUAAUUUUUAGGAUUCUAUUUAUUAAAAUCAUCCGCAUUUGAAAGUAUUCUAUAUAUCAGAAGUUCCAUAAAAGUAGGGCUGUGGGAACUGUACUGGGGAAACCCAAGUCCCAUGCCAAGAAAACAUAAAUUCUGUGGUGUCUAUAAAUCGGCAUACAUUUUCACUGUUCUGCUUGUUCAACCAUAGAGAGAGUAGGUUGCAAUCCUAAACCCACUUACCUAGGAGUAAGUCCAAUUGAAUUCAGUAGGAUUUACUCCUGAGUAGACACGGUUCGGAUUGUUCUCUUAAGGCACCAGUUAUUUGUCUCCUGGUGACUACGCAUUUGGCUCAGAGCUCUCCCUCCUAUCUGCAUAAUUUUCAAGCUUAUUUUCUCAACUACGAAAGUCAAAAACCUUUCAAAUUAAAAGGUGAGGUCCACCACAUGUUUAUUCCCAAACCUCUGCAGAAUCAUAAAGUACACACAGUCCCUGUCUAAAGUUCUUUUAACAUACGUCUUUUUGCCGGUUCCUUUCCGAGGUUUUGGGUGAAUUCAUUCUAAAAAUACCUUGCAGCUUUGGAACAACAAACAGUUACUCUAACCUAAUCUCUAUCCUGCUCUCAGGAGAAACCCAAAUAGUUCCAUUCAAAUGGUGAUGCUAACAAGAAUAGUUUUAAGAGGCCAGCCACUUGAAUAAAGCAGGUUGCUAACUUUUUCUGCUGGCGGGGCUCUGAGGCCUUCAACAGAGGCAAUUUCUCAGGACACACUUUUCCCAUCACCGAAUCUCCAUAUUUAAAGUUUCAGGAUGAAUGAACAGAAGCCAAGCAAAUCCUAUUGCUCUGUUUGCUCCAGGAUCUCAGUGUUCACAAGCCAAGUUUAGUUAUUGCAGGCCCUGCCCCUCUCCUCCAGUGUACAGCCCCAUGCAUUCCUUCUCCUUCUAUAACACUGAGAUGGGGAGGUAUAUAUUAAUCUGUUGCCUACUUCAGAUUUGCCGAUCUGCUAAUGAGCUGGGUAGCAGAGGGCAAUGCGUAUAUUUUAUUUGUAUUUAUUUAGAGCAUUUGUGCACCGCUCUUCAGCCCCAGAGGCUCCCAAAGUGGCUUAAAUAAAAUCAAUUAAAACGAGAGAUUUUGGCAAUUGAUCUGGGACUGGCUGCUUGCCACAGGGCAUUUUUAAAAA